AUGGAAAUACAAUUUCAUAUCCCUCAUUCAAAUAUCAGUAGAGCAAUCACUAUCUUGCGUUCUAUUCUGUAUACCAAUAUCAAGAAUGAAAUUAAAUUUUUUCCUUUAGCAAUCAGAAAAAGAGCAAUCCGAAGAAGAACGAGAGCCAAAUGGCUUCACAAAUGUACUGUUGCACUUGACUCUAUUGACAUACCAAAAGCUGUGACAGAAAUCAUGAAACUCAAAAAUUUGAACAAGCGGAAAGAGAAAAAUACAGAGCGAGGUGAUAUGUGGAGGUCACAUAAAUUGAAAAAUCACCAUCAUGCCCUACGGUACCAUUUUGCGUGCGACUUCCUUUAUCGCAUUGGAUAUGUUUCCAAGUAUCGGCCUCCCACAGAGUACGAUGGUCAUGGAAUUAUUAGAGACAAAACUCGAUUUGAAAAUUCUUUGGAAGAGGGUGAUGUUGUGAUGGCAGAUGAUUAUUAUAGGACAGUCAAACGAAAAAUCAAAAAGGUUGGAUGGGUAUGUCCUAAGCGUGAAACUCAAAAGGACUGGAACCCUGAUACAGAUGUUAAGAAGAAUAAGCAACAAAGGGCUACAAGAAAGCUUGUGGAAACGGAACUUUCUCAAAUAGCGAACAACUUUCGUGUCCUAGCAAUACCAUGGAAAGGUAGUGUGAUACAUCACCAAAAGAUGGUGUGGAUCAUUGCAGCCAUCCACAACCUCAUUGUAGAUACACAAUACCCCAACUUGGUAGAAUAA